AUGUCAGAGGUUGAAUCACUUCCUUCCGCCCAGCCUAAGGACGUCGUCUACUGCGGAGUAUGCUCGUUGCCUCCAGAGUACUGUGAAUUCGGUGGCACGACACAAAAAUGCGAGGACUGGCUCAAGGCGAAACAUCCUGGCAUGCAUGCGAAGCUGUAUUCGGAAGAAGUCCUGGCUCAGAACUUAUCGUCGUUAUCUGUCAAGGCCCAAGAGCGUGCUGCUAAGGACGCUUCGAAGAAAGCUGCAAAGGCGGCGAACGCAGAGGAGCGCGAAGCCGAGAAGCGUGCAUCAUCCAAAGUUCAAAUUAAACGUAUUGAACGAAACAAGAGGAAGUAUAUCACUUGUGUGCAAGGCCUGGAGAACUUCGGCUUUGAUCUAAAGAAAGUAGCAAAGGACUUCGGGAAGAAGUUUGCCACAGGCAGCAGCGUUACUAAGGUCCCUAGCGGCGGCGAGGAGAUCACGGUGCAGGGAGACGUGGCUUACGAUAUUGAAGAGUUCAUCCUAGAUGCGUUCAAGGACAUCCCAGAGGACAAUGUCGAAGUAAUAGAAGAAAAGAAGAAAAAGAGCGCUGCGGGAUGA